CUUCGGCCUUCGAUGUACGUAUACGUGACACCGUGCUGUAGCGCAGCACCUCAAAUCUGGUUACUACUGCGCGCAAUCAAUUCCUUUUAAAAGCAGGAAUCGAGCGCUUCCAACUGAAAGCCGUCUCUCCACAGGAUGAUCAUCACUUCAACAGACGAUUCCAGUCCCGGUGCAAAGCAAAGGGAGGUCAACCUUGACUCGGAAGCGGUGAGUUCAAGGGAGUUUAAUACUUCACUUCCAGCCAAGCCCGUAUUUUAUACACAGACGGACGCACCACCACCGCCGUACGUUUCCUCUGAGGGCGCUCAGCUGGUUGGCCAAAACGAAGACCAUAUACCAGCCAACUUGAAGCCCACGAAUUUCAUCUCAGUUCAUCACAAAGACAGUCCAGAGAAAGGGAGCUAUGCCAUUGACCCGAGCAUACGGAUACCAGAAUCAUUCUUACCGCCCUUGGAGAUCCAAGAGACCGACAACGACCCGAUCCGGAAGAAUUUCCAAGUAUUGUCGAAGAAUGGCAGCGUUGAUACCCAAGUAUAUAUUGUUCCCGAUUCAAAGCCUUUCGACGAGAGGAAAAGGGUGACGAUGGACAUCAUUUCCAAGAACGGAUCAGUGACGGCGAAAAUUGUGCGUUACCAGGAAUGCUUCAGCAUGGACGAAAAUGUUGAUACAAUACAGCGUCGUGCCGGAUCAUCAUACCCCCCGUUUGCAUUGCGAUGCUACUCCCACAAUGGCUGCAUGCAUGUGGCAAUACCCCGUUCUUUCCAUGGCUCGUUGUCUCUGUCGACGAGAGCUCACGGAGUAAAACUCUCGGAGCAAGUCCGUGCUGAAGUGACGGUCUUCAAUGACACGAGUGGAAUCAAACAAUAUUACAUUGGGCCACUGAAUGGCCAUGAUCAUGACGAGGCUCGAGCAAAUGAGGACGAAGUCGUGGUCGAGGGCAAAAACGGGUCAAUCCGAGUAACUUACAGCGAUGAAGUCAUCGAAUCCGUAUUCAAAGGGUUUAUGGAGAUGCUUGGUCGAAUCUUUUAACGAUAUUACAUACGAAGUGCUGUGGCUCACGUUGUAAAUGUAAAGUACUAAGGUCUGGAUUCAGUGUGAGUAUUGUGACAUUGUGACAUUACCUCCUUAUUCC